UAACUAGUAAUAAGGUAGAUUGUGUUUAGGUAGUAUUUAGGUUGCAAUAAUGCACUUUUUACCAAUAUCAUAACAAAUUUCUACAAUGAAGUAAAUGCAACCGAAAAGGACAAGAAAUUAAUCUAUAACAUUUUGAAGAGUAAAAUAGAGUUGCUCACAUACACUAAGAAGUUUUUUUCUAAAUAGAAUUGUGAAUACUAAUCAUUCAAAAUAAUUAUGAUUUAUUUAAAGAAUUGAUCUCUCCCAAAAAAUAUUUUUUCAUACGUACCGACCGAAAUCGAAACUUAGAGCAAAUAGUUAAAUGACCCAUGUAACUCUACAUAAGGAGAUAGAAAAAAAAGAACACUAGUGGACGGUGGCAUAGACAUCAGAAUUUCACCUAACAUAACACAAAUAUGUACUAAUUUAAGUGCACAAUCCCUUAUUUUCUUUCCUAAUAUCCUAACCUUGGUCCCAAUACACAUAUUGUCUACCUCAGCAUCUUGAAAAUUUUCCCAAUGAUAUCAUCUUUUAAAUAUUUAACUUUUCCUUGAACCAAAGAUUCAUUGUUUCCACCAAUUUAGUGAAAUCAUGGCCAAGACUAGUAGAAUAUGCCAUCUUUUGUUAAGGUUCUUGGCCUUCUCAGCCACCUUGUCAGCAGUAAUUGUCAUGGUUUCUAGCCAUGAAAGAGCAACCUUCUUCAAUGUUUCCUUUGAAGCAAAAUACACUACCUCCCCUGCCCUAAAGUACUUUGUGAUUGCAAACUCUGUUGUUACUGUCUAUGGAUUUUUGGUCCUCUUUCUUCCAGCAGAAAGCUUGCUAUGGCGACUUGUGGUAGCCAUGGAUAUGGUUUUGACAAUGUUACUCAUUUCAAGCCUGUCUGCAGCUUUGGCUAUAGCUCAAGUGGCAAAGCAAGGAAACAAUUCUGCAGCUUGGCUACCAAUAUGUGGUUCAGUCCCCAAAUUUUGCAAUCAUAUUACAGGAGCAUUAAUUGCAAGUUUCAUUGGAGUCAUUAUUUACAUGAUUCUUCUAUUGCAUUCCAUUCAUAGUGUCCUUGACCCUCUCCUCUUGAAAAAAACUUGAGCACCUUUUCAAAUAACUCGGUUGUAACUUGGUGUUUGUAGUUGUCACAUUAAUCUCUCUAGUAUAUCUAUACAUGAAGGACAUACAAGAUUUUGGCCUGGCUUUUUCAAUUUUAUCUUUAUUUAAUUAUUAUUACAACUAAGGAAAAAAGAAGCUUAAAUUCG